AUGUCCAAAGCUCAAGCCAUGGGUGGGAGCCCAUCCGAGUCGACGCGUGAUGCUCAUGACUCCCAAAACCUCCCACUUAGAGACGUCGUCAAGUUGUACAAGAAAGCUAUACUCUGGUCCUUGGCGAUAUCUUUGUCGACCAUUAUGGAGGGGUACGAUGUCGUCCUUCUGGGAAGCUUCUUCGGGCUCACCCCCUUUUAUCGAGAGGUAUGGAGCAGUUGA